AUGCGAUCCCUCCUUUGGGCCCUGUUGGGUCUCGGCAUCGUGCCUAAUGUGCUGGCUGCCGACACUCUCAGCACCAAGGGAUUUGACCUCUGCUUGACCGACUCAAGCAUCGAUAUCACCAAUUUGGAAAUCACCUAUAGUCGCUCAACAAGAGCACUCGUCUACGAACUGGCUGGUACCAGCUCGGAAGAACAAACAGUCACCGCCGAACUGACCGUGACAGCCUACGGCACUCAAAUCUACAGCGAAUCUUUUAAUCCCUGCGGCGAUCAGUUCCACGUAGCUGCCCUCUGCCCAGUGCCAUCCGGCGACUUCUCCGCUCAAGGCACCUACACCGUCUCCGAAAGCUACGCGUCCCAAAUCCCCUCCAUUGUCUUCAACAUUCCCGACCUCGACGGCCAGGCCAAACUUGUCUUGAAAUCGUCUUCCGGUGGAGAACUUGCGUGUGUUCAGUCUUCAUUGACGAAUGGGAAAUCAACAAGCCUCAAGGCCGUGUCAUGGGCGUCGGCAGGUAUCGCAGCGGGCGCCCUUGCUUUCAGUGGUGUCUCUGCUGUCAGUGCGGUUGGCGCACACCCGGGUGCCUCCACUUCCAGCCCUGGAUUUGGAGACGUGAUGGGUUGGUUCCAUAGCAUGGCCACCAAUGGCAUGCUUAGUGUCAGCUACCCCACUGUCUACUCUAGUUUCACCAGGAACUUUGCCUGGAGUACCGGCCUUGUUACCUGGGAUGGCCUGCAGGAAUCGAUUGACAAUUUCCGAAAAGCUACCGGCGGCAACCUUACCGACAACAGUGUUUCCUAUCUGGGUAGCAUAUCCAGUACGAAUUCCUCGUCCACGAAGCGUAGCUUGGACAUGAUGCGCCGCUCGGUGAAGCUGGUCGCUCGAUCUGACUCUAAUGACACCAGCGACAGCACGGUGAGCGGGAUGAAGGCCUUUGCCGAGGAAUUGAUGAUUCCGUCAGCCAACGUUUUCAUGACGGUGCUGUUGAUCUUUGCGAUUGUGGUCGGUGUUGUCAUUGUUGGAAUCUUGCUCUUCAAGGUUAUCUUGGAGUUGUGGGCUCUCUAUGGCACUUUCCCCCAGAAGCUUACCAACUUCCGGAAGGACUAUUGGGGAAUUAUGGCCCGGACUAUCACCAACAUGAUUCUUAUUCUGUACAGCAUCUGGGUGAUGUACUGUGUCUACCAGCUCAAGAACGGUGACUCGUGGGCUGCCAAAUUGUUAGCCGCCGUGACUUUGGUUGUCUUUACAUCCGUCCUAGCCUUUUUUGCAGUUCGCAUUUUCUUAAUGGCCCGCAAGUACAAGAAGUUGGAAGGAGAUACUGCGAGUCUCUACGACGACAAGGAUACUUGGCGCAAGUACAGUCUCUUCUACGACAAUCUCAAGAAAGAUUUCUGGUGGCUCUUUGUGCCCGUCAUCAUUUACUCUUUGGUCAAGGGCUGUAUCAUUGCCGGUGCACAGGGCCAUGGACUGGUCCAAAGUGCCGGCCAAUUGGUAUGUGAGGUUCUGUUGUUGGGUCUUGUAGUAUGGAACCGCCCCUACGCCCGGAAAUCAACCACAGGAAUCCAAAUCACUAUCCAAGUCGUGCGGGUCUUGUCAGUCGUUUGCGUGUUGGUCUUUGUCGAUGAGCUGGGACUCUCUCAGACCACCAAGACUGUAACUGGCAUCGUCCUCAUCGUCAUCCAGUCUCUCCUGACUGGCCUCCUCGCCAUCCUGAUCGUCGUCAAUGCAGUCAUCGCCAUGUUCCGCGAGAACGUUCACGAAAAGCGCAGAAAGGAGGCAGAGAAGGCAAACCGUGACCUCGAUGACCUAACUCCCUUGGACGCCCGCGAUUCACUCCUGAUUGAUCACCCACCAAGAAGGGAUUUCUCCGCAGUGAGCAAGUUCAACUUCAAUGGUCCCUACGAGUCUUACCGUGAUAACCCACCACGGCCCGACUCCGCUGGUAGCAAGGAGCGCCUGGUGUAUGCCGACUACGGUGUCGCGCAUGACCGCAGUUACAGCCAAGAAUCCCACCAUGGUCGCCGAAGCCCAUCUCUUGAGGGCCGUCAUCCGACUACUGCUGGGUAUGGCAUGGCAUUGUAG